GAGCAAGCUGCAGAAAAACUAGUGACAGACAAGCUCAUGAACUUUGUAGGAUAUAAAACUUCAAGGAAAACAGCUGGCAGCACUGACUGAAAAAUACACAACCCGUCUUCCUCUCAAAAAUCAAGCUUCAAAAUUAAGCUCCUAGAUGGCAUGGGUAACUUAUGGACUUUCCACUUUUCUGCUGCUGCUUCGAUAUUAUGUGUCAUCAGAGGAUGGUGAAAUAAGAUCAAGUUGCAGAACGGCCCCAAAUGAUUUGGUUUUCAUCUUAGAUGGCUCAUGGAGUGUGGGUCCUGAAAAUUUUGAAAUACUUAAAAAAUGGGUUGUUAACAUUACCAGCAAUUUUGAAAUUGGACCCAAAUUUACUCAAGUUGGAGUGGUUCAGUACAGUGAUUCUCCCGUUCUUGAAAUUCCACUUGGCAGACAUGAAUCCAUUGAAGAUCUUGUUGGAAGAAUGCAAGAUAUUGAAUAUUUAGGUGGGAACACACGAACUGGAAAUGCAAUUCAGUUUGCAGUAGAUAAACUGUUUUCUAGGUCUCUGCGACCAUUAACCAAAAUUGCCAUUGUUCUAACUGAUGGCAAAUCUCAAGAUGAUGUUAAAGACAUAGCAGAAAAUGCAAGAAACAACAAAAUUACACUUUUCGCUAUUGGUGUAGGCUCAGAAAUUGAAGAAAACGAACUAAGAGCAAUAGCCAAUAAGCCAUCCUCUACAUAUGUGUUCUAUGUUGAAGAUUACAUUGCAAUAUCAAGAAUACGUGAAGUCAUGAAACAGAAGCUGUGUGAAGAAUCUGUUUGUCCAACAAGAAUUCCAGUAGCAGCUCGAGAUGAAAAAGGAUUUGAUAUACUUUUAGGUUUAGGGAUGAAUAAGAAAAAAGCCAAGAGAGUUGAGGGGUCCAUCCCUACAACUAAAGCUUAUGAAGUAACAUCACAAAUUGAUCUCACUGAGUUCACAAGAAAUGUUUUUCCAGAAGGUCUGCCUCCUUCUUACGUCUUUGUAUCCACUCAGAGAUUUAAAAUCAAGAAAAAAUGGGAUUUGUGGAGAAUAGUUGCUCUUGAUGGCACCAUACAAGCUGCUGUUUCAAUAAAUGGAGAAGAUAAAUCAUUAUCAUUUACGACAACCAGCCAAACAAAUGACACACAAGUUAUCACAUUUGUAAAACCUGGAGUUAAGAUAUUAUUUAAUGAAAAUUGGCACCAAAUACGACUUUUAGUAACAGAAGAAGACAUAACUUUGUACAUAGAUGACCAAGCAAUUGAAACAAGAAAACUACGUCCUGUAAUAGGCAUCUACAUUAGUGGAAAAACUCAAAUUGGAAAAUACACGGCCAGAGAAGAAACUGUACAGUUUACUCUCCAAAAGUUGAGAAUAUAUUGUGAUCCUGAACAAAAUAAACGUGAGACUGCUUGUGAGAUUCCUGGAAAGAAUGGAGAGUGUUUAAAUGGUCCAAGUGAUGUUGGCUCAACACCUGCUCCCUGUGUUUGUCCCCCUGGAGAAAAAGGACCUCCUGGCCUCAAAGGUGAUCCUGGGCGGCCUGGCAAUCCUGGUUCCCCUGGACAACCUGGUCCAGAUGGUAAGCCUGGAACUCCAGGGGCUUUAGGGAGUUCAGGAAUACCUGGCUCACCUGGCUUGCAGGGACCACGUGGUUUACCAGGUUUAAAAGGCAAUUCUGGUCGGGAUGGCGAUAAGGGUGAACGUGGAAGUCCCGGCUUUCCAGGAUUACAUGGACAGCUAGGAUCUAAGGGUGAGCGUGGGCAUAGAGGAGACAAGGGAAUUGCAGGCCUUGAUGGAAAAAAGGGAGCAAAAGGAGACAAGGGAAGUACUGGACUAAUGGGAAAGUCUGGGAGACCUGGAGAGCCUGGAUUACAUGGAAAGGGUGGCAUGCCUGGAUAUCCUGGAUCAAAGGGAGAAGAAGGAAAGUCUGGCCCCCCAGGAAUGGAAGGUCAACGUGGAUUACCAGGUAUACCAGGAAUUCCUGGGAAUGAUGGUGCGAGUGGAAUAAAGGGGGAAAUGGGACCUUCUGGAGAACGUGGUAUGAGAGGACCUCCUGGGACCCCGGGAAUGACAGGACCAGAGGGUUUACCUGGUACACCAGGAACAUCUGGGCCUAAGGGAAGUAAAGGUGAUCCUGGAAUACCAGGCAAAGCAGGCUUUGCGGGAGCAAAGGGAGUAAAAGGGGAUACUGGCCUUCCAGGCCCACAUGGAUAUACAGGCAUACCAGGACUUACAGGUGCAAAGGGUGAUAAGGGAAAUCAAGGUGAACGAGGGAGUCAGGGCCAUAAAGGAACAAAUGGUUCUCCUGGUAUUGCAGGCACAAAGGGAGAACAAGGAGCUGAUGGUUCUAAAGGAGAGAAAGGAGAAGUAGGAGAACAAGGACAUCCAGGUUUUAAUGGCCAAAGAGGAGAGCCCGGACCUACAGGAUUAACGGGUGCACCAGGAGCUAGGGGUAUCAGUGGUGACAGAGGACUUCCUGGAUCUCCCGGACAAGAAGGAAGGCCUGGCAAGGAGCAAUCUGAACAAUUUAUACGAGAAAUCUGCAUGGAAGUUUUAAAAGCCCAGUUGCCAUCUCUACUUCAUUCUGAAAGGGUGCAGAAUCGUGAUCAAUGUAAUACUCAACAAGGACCUCCUGGAGUUCCAGGAUUUCCUGGAUCAGUUGGUCCUGAAGGUCCAAGAGGACAUCCUGGAACACCUGGAAGAAAUGGCUUUCCAGGAACUGUAGGGCAUCCUGGACAUCAAGGCAUUCCAGGACCUAAAGGGCCACCUGGAAAACCUGGAUUAAAAGGACAAAGAGGAGAAGCAGAACCUGGAAUACAGGGACCCCCGGGGAUUCCAGGACCCAUGGGCCCACCAGGAAUGAGCAAAGAAGGUCGAUCUGGAUUACCAGGUCCUCCUGGUAGAGAUGGAGAACGAGGACCUCCUGGAACACAGGGGUCUCCAGGACAACCAGGAAUGUGUGACCCAUCUGUAUGUUUUAGCGCAAUUGUUGGCAGAGAUCCAUUUAGAAAAGGACCAAACUAUUAACAGUGAUUUUUAGGAAGUAGCAAAACAAUAAUGUUCGCCUUCUGUCGUCUUUCAUGUCUCAGGAAGAUUCUAAUGGUCAACUUCAUAAGAACACAAGUACCUCUUUUUUUGUAAAUUUGUGUCUUCAGAAAAAACAAACACGCAAACAUUGAUGGUCAUUAAAUCUGAAGGUGGUGACAUAUGUCUGAAGUAAGCUCUACUUAUAAUGUAUAUUUAUCUAUCUGUAAGGUAUACAGAUAUAAAACUGUGAAAUAGUUUCACAUAAAGUUACAUAAAAUGUAUAAUUCGAAUAUAUUGUGUCAGAUAUCUUUUGUGCAACAAUGUUAAAAAUCAAAGAAUAUGAAAA